AUGCUCGAGUGUACGGUUGACGAAGUUGAAACAGUUGUCCUUGACAAUGGAUCACACAGUCUGAAGAUAGGCUUUUCGGGGGAGGAUUUGCCACGAAGCAUAGUUCCUUCCCUACGUGUAACAGUUACUAGGCAAGCAGAGUCAGAUGACGGCCAAGGCGAGGAUGGAUCAUCUCUUGCAACUGAGGUUCUUCUUGGGAACGAUGCACGGAAAGCAUUUGCUGAAGAUGCUGAGUUAAACUAUCCCAUACAUAACGGCAUGAUAGUGGACAAGGAUGCAACCGAAGACCUUUGGGAGGUAGCAUUAAGGAAGCUGACUCCGUCAGAGACGGAUGACAUGGUAUGCCUUCUCACUUGUCCCCCUCUGGCUUCGAGUGCCAUAAAAGAAUGGAUCUUCGAGGUGUUUUUCGAGAGAUUUAGAUGCAAACGCAUGGCGCUGCUCCAACCUGGGCCGCUCUCAUUGUUUUCUUCGGGUCGAUCGCGGGGUCUAGUCGUGGAGAUCGGCCACAGUAUAACAAGUGCCGUACCGGUUUUCGAAGGCUUUCCGCUUGCCUACGCCACGUUUCGGUCGUUCAGAGCAGGAGGAGCAGUAACAUCCUCUCUCAGUCAACUCCUUGCAGAAACUUCGUGGUUCAACACCUAUAUGCAUCUCCACAGUCCAGCAGUGACGGAGGAAAUAAAACACAAGUUGUGUCUGGUGGCGAUCCCAGACGAGCGCAGCCACCUUCUGAGGGAAGACACAUCGGAGUUCGAAGACCGGGCUUUCCAACUGCCAGACGGAACUGUCAUCGAAGUACGCUUCUUGAAAGUUCUCCCUUUGAUGGAAAGGCCGCUAGACUAUGACACGCAUAUUCUGCUGCUGAUGGCGUUGCAGCUUGACCAGAGGCUCCGGUGCAGGCCAGCAGAACUGCUGUUCGAUGACUCCUUGCAUGUCGAAGCAUCGUUGAAUGAAGACAAUGUUCCACCGUGUCUCCAGAGCGAACUCCGUGCCUCUGACACACUGCAAAGCUUAGUCCAUGCUGCUAUUGCAGCGACGGAUCCUGAGUUUCAGGAGGAGAUGCAACAGAAUAUCGUUCUUGCUGGUGGCUCUUCUCUCCUAGGUAAUCUGUCUCAAAGAUUGCACGGUGAGCUUCUAUGUAUAGAACAAAUAGACAGAGAUCCUUUCUGUAUUGCAACAGAUAGCCACAGACGAUUCAGUGCGUGGGUUGGUGGAUCAAUGCUCGCUAGUCUUGGGACUUUCGAGAAAUUCUGUAUCCAGAGGCACGCAUACGAAGAAGGAAACAGAACUCUUUCGAACAUGAUUCAUGAAAAAAAUAUGGGUCGUUAA